UCACAGAAUCGAGCGUGAAGACUUGGCGAACGGUCGACAAGCGGACCGAGCAAUACAUUCCAGUGCCAAACAGAGACAGCCAGAGAGACAGUGAAAGAGAAAGAGAGAGAGAGAGAGCAACAAGUUUGCCAGUGGAAAUUUUAGUAACGAAAUGCAGUGAAUAGCCAGUGAAUGCAACAAACUGGCUCAAAAGUCGAAAAAAAAAAAACAAAACAAACUCUCGAAAACAAUUUAAUAACCCCACUAUGAACACCAAGGCCGAGGCAGUGAAACAAAACGCUGAGUGAAUCUAGUUAAACAUUUAAAAUCAAAACCAAAACAGCAACAAGUGAAAGAGCCAGAAGGAGACGGCCACAGCGGUAGGCCGCGAGUGAGAACGAGACAGCGCACUGAAUAGCAGCACCCGAGACUUUCGCAUCUGACGAUUCGAAUUUUGCAUGCCGAGAGAUACAGCUACGCUAGAGCUGAAGCUGGAGCUACAGAUACAGAUACAGUAGCUAGAGCCUGUGAAAAUAUCUGCGAAAUACCAUAAUUGUUUGUAGCGCAACUCAGAAAUGGAGUACGAGAAAAUGUUGUACAUGCCAGCAGCCAGUGAGAUGCCUCACAGUCCGCAGCUGAAGCCACAUCAGUUCCAGGCCCACACGCCGACGGAUCAGUACUCAUCCUAUGCGGACAACUUCGACCUGUCGCUGCUGCCGCAGGAGUCCGCAUCCAUUCCCACCACAGUCUUCCAGUACAACGCCCCCCAGAUCAAGGUCGAGUGCGCCUGGGAUAGCCAGCCCAUCCAGCAGCAACAGCAGCCCACUGCGCCCUAUACCAACCCCUCCAGCCACCAGCUGAUUCCUCCGCCCGCCUAUCCCCACAGUGCCUAUCCCUCUCCGCAAUCCAGUCCGCUGCAGUCGGAGUUCGCUGCCUAUGGGCUUGGCAGAUUUGGCGGUAGCUACGACAGUCUGAACAGCCCAUCGCCCUCGCUGGAGGCGGUUAGCAUCAAGCAGGAGCUGCACAUCCUGCCACCCUCUCCGCCGGAGUCCAACUGCGAGACGCCAUCACCCAGAUCCUCCUGCGGGGAGAGCAUCAAGGCCGAGCCCUUGGAUGCGGACAUCGAGAGCCUCAUCGAUCUGAACUCUCUGCUGCAGCAGCAGAGUCUACAAAGCCCACAGAAUCUGCAGGACACCAAGCCCGAUCACCAGCUACUGCGGGAGUGCCUCGAAGACACCAGCUUCCAGAAGCGCCACAAUCUGAAGCCUCUGGCUCUGGAAUCCUUCAUCGGAGGCUUGGCCGAAGUGCGCGGCGACUUUGAGCCCGUCAUUUCACUGGCCCUAGAGCAUGCCAAACGAGAGGCGGACGCCAUCUGCGCGGAGCUGCAAAUAUCGCAGGAUCCCAAUGGCUGGUCGCCCGCCCAGGUACACGCAUGGCUCCGAUCCACCUUGGCCCAGUUCAGAUUGCCGCCGGUGGCCGAUUUGGAGCUGCACUUCUGCGAAAACGGAGCCGCACUGGCAUUACUCAGCGAGGAGGAAUUCGUGCGCCGACUACCAGAGAGCGGCAGCACGCUGCACGCCCAGUUGGAAAUUUGGAAGAUGGCCUACGCGGACCAGCCCGCUCAUCAGCAGCAUUCCCAGCAGUCUGCGAGCACUGAUCACUGGCCAGCAAGCUAUGCGAUGCCCCAUUUGGACCUGGACUACAACGAGGACAGCGAAGAUGACGACGACAUGGAAGCAGAUGCACAAGUUGCACCCCUGAACGGCAGUACCACUUCACCGCCCGCUACCAACGCUUCCAACGGCGGUACGGCGACAGUAAAACGACCGAAUGGUGGACGGACCGGCGGUGGGGGCUCCCACAUCCACCUGUGGCAGUUCCUCAAGGAGCUGCUGGCUUCGCCCCAGGUGAACGGCACAGCCAUCCGGUGGAUCGACCGAAGCAAGGGCAUCUUCAAGAUCGAGGACUCGGUGAGGGUGGCCAAGCUGUGGGGUCGGCGCAAGAACCGACCGGCGAUGAACUAUGAUAAGUUGUCCCGCUCCAUCAGGCAGUACUACAAGAAGGGAAUCAUGAAGAAGACGGAGAGGUCACAGCGGCUGGUCUACCAGUUCUGCCAUCCCUACAGCCAGUAGUUUAGAUUACAGGCCAGUUAUUUAUUGCUAGUUAUAAGUGGCACACCUGACCGACCCACCUGAUCCAAGAUUCCAGAUCCCAGAUCCGAUCCGAUCCAAUCGAUCCGCUGACUAUUCUCGACUAGCCUUGUGGGCCUAGCGAGCAUUAGUUUUAGUCCUUGUACAUAACCACUCACAAUCUUGUUAGGCACGAAGGUAAGUUCGUGCAUCGAUUAAGUUUGGCCCUAGACUAAGGUAAAAUCCGCGUCCGCUGGCGAAGGUAAGUUCGCCGUGGCAGGGUUUUAAGUGACCCCCAGUUUCACCGCAAUCGAUCGUAGAUCUAACUCUGAUCCCGCACUGCAGCUGGUCAUUCGGCUGCAUCUGCGCAUGUUUGACUUACCGGCGACAUCUUUAUUCAACUGCUGUCGGUCCACGCGAAGGAUAAUGGCUCAACAGGUGGAUGUCCGGUGACUGGAGUGCAUCCUGGAGCUGGACCGCCAUUAGUAGUCCGAGGCGAAAUUGGCCUGAAGGUCUCAGUGUCCAGAGCACUCAAAGCAAACAGUUACAAUCGAAGGACUAACCUGACUUGAGCAUCCUUCGCUGGCAGCAUGAAGGUGUCGAGGUAAUUUUAGGAACCAUAUAUCUAUGAUAUAUCAAAAGUAAGUUCUAUGAACAACUUAAUAAGCGAACAAAUGUUAAAUAGUAGUUGUAAGGCUCGAUUAGCCGUAGGUUUUCUUGAAAGUUUUUUCUCUUCCCCUCAACGAAAAAAAAAAAAAAGUUAAAAAUCUUUCGACCUCGUCCGAUUAUGCUAUAUAUCUCAUAACUUUAUCAAUUAUUUAUUCUUUACCGGGUGGCGGUUCAAUUUAGACGUAUUUCGUUUCAACUUAUUUUGAUUAUACGCAAUUAGCAUAAUUCGUGCAUAAUUUUCUCUAGUUUCGUUUAUGUGACGGGUAGCGAGUUUAAGUUAAUUUUAAUAUUUAUUCGCUGGCCCAGCCGAGCGGUGAAAUUAUGGAAAGUCAAUUAGUUUUGCUGCUAUUUGCAUUAGCAUUAAUGCAGGCGCUUUAAUUGAAUAAUGCAACGGCCAAUUGGCUGCUUGGCUUAUUUUGUUAACCAAAUAGACCAGUUACCGUUUAUAAAAAUAUUUAUACGCAUAUUCCACACCUAAUUAGGACAUUGCCGCCUGCCGCCUGCCUGGCAACUAGAUUUAUGCACUUUACACUUUUUACGACACACCAAUUAUUUAUUUAUUUAUUCAACUAACAUAUUGUCAUGCUACACUAUCCGAUACGAUAACGAAAUAAAAAUCACUGCU